AUGCACCACGGGCUGCUCCUAACCUGGGCCCAGGCACUGAGCCAGGCUGCCUUCCUCACCUCAGGAGCUAUGAAAGGCAAAAUAGUAACAAAGGGGAAUAUUUCUGCAGAAGAAGGUGACUCUGUCAUCUUACAAUGUCACCUCUCCUCCACCACUGCUAAAGUGACCCAGAUCAACUGGGAGCUUCAGGACCAACUGCUGGCCAGUUAUCAUACUGACUUUGGAUGGUACAUUGACCCAGGCUUCAGGGAGCGGGUGGCCCCAGGCCCCAGCUUGGGCCUCACCUUCCAGUCGCUGACCACAAAUGACUCAGGGGAGUACUUCUGCAUCUAUCAUACCUACCCUGAUGGGAUUUACAAGGGGAGAAUCUCCCUGGAGGUGCUAGGACGCUCAGUGGCUGAGCACAGCACCUGGAUCCCGAUUCCAUUGCUUGGAGCAGUGGCCAUAGUCCUGGGGGUCAUUUGCAUAACAGUCAUCGGGGUGGUCGUAUUCACAAGAAAGAAGACAACUCUCACAAUCCAUUCUGGGGAAAGUGGCCUCAGAAGAACACCAGCUGAGGUACAGGACUGGAGCUCUGGCAUUCCCUCUUCCCCCGGAAGCUGCGUCCAGGUGGAAGCUGCUCCUGCUGGUCUCUGUGGAGAGGAGCGGGGCGCUGAGUGCGCUGAGCCGCCCGACUACUUUAAUGUCCUGAGUUACAGAAGUCUGGGGAGCUUCAGCUUUCCAACAGAGCCUAGUUAGCAUCUAGAGGCAUCUUCUGGCGACACAUUCCUUUCUUUCUAUUGCAGUGGAUGUGUAAGCCUCUGUAC